UUCCACUCCAGUCCCUCCCUCCCUCCCUCUCUCUCUCUCUCUCUCUGUGUCUACCCCCCAUCAUCAAUGGAGGCUGCCAUUAAGCAACAGGAGAGAGAAAGCCCACACCCGCCUAUGAGCUCCUCCUCGAGCUGCAUCAUCAAUGGCAACAAGAACUGCGCCAGCAGUGAUCACCAAAUGAGCAGCAAUGGAGGCGCUGCGGCGGAGGUUCCCACGACGCCCCAUCCGCUCACCCCGAAGACCAUCACCAGAUCUGAGACCAACCCUUACCCAACCACCUUUGUCCAAGCGGACACCACCAACUUCAAGCAAGUGGUCCAAAUGCUCACCGGCUCAUCCGAGACCGUGAACAAGCAAGCCUCAAAGCAGCCGAGCGCAAGCACUUCUCCUCAAGACCCGCCAUCACUCCCGCCUUGUAAUUCCAAGAGUGCAAUUCCUCCCAAGAGACAAGGGUUCAAGCUCUAUGAGAGGAGGAACAGCCUCAAGAACAGCCUCAUGAUCAACACCCUGAUCCCGGGCUUUGCUCCGAAUUCCGGGUUCUCUCCGAGGAAGCCAGAGAUCUUGUCGCCGAGCAUGCUCGACUUCCCUCGGCUCGCGCUCAGCCCGGUGACUCCACUCAAUGAAGACCCUUUCAACAAGUCCUCGCCUUCUCUAGGGAAUUCUUCCGAGGAGGAGAGGGCCAUAGCCGAGAAGGGCUUCUACUUGCAUCCGUCGCCGAUGAACACGCCGAGGGACGCCGAGCCGCAGCUCUUGCCGCUGUUCCCGGUGACCUCGCCGCGCGUCUCCGGCGCCUCCUCGUGAAGAGGGGAGGGAGAGGGAGGGGUCUCUUUGUGUAUUAUACGUCCUAACGUGAUUUUCAGUCGCAUGCGGUUGAGUUGAGGAGGUCAUGCUCCAAUUGUAGGUCCAAUUUGAUGAUCACUCUUCUAUAAGCUAUUCAGGAAAAAAAGAGAGAGAGAGAGAGGAUCUUUAUUUACUGAGAGUUAAUAUCUUUCGCUUCAACUUCAUUAGCCCUGACUCCAAAACCAAGUCAAGUUCCCCAGCAAAAAAUGGCAAAAAAGGAAGUCUCUCUUUCACUAUUCAUAGACACCCUCAAAUUUCUGUUGUCUGAUGUUCCCCUACUUCUUCAUCUUUUUGCUUAAUUUGCACACUUGAGUUUUAUCUGCUAGAUCCACUUCUUUCAGAGUAGCACAAAUAACACCUACAACAAAUACAACAUCCAGCCAUCUCUCUCUCUCUCUCUCUCUCUCUCUCUCUCUGAGGUAAGAAAUUCUCUCUUUGCAGAGUCUUUUUUCACAGAACACGGAAGUCAGUGGAGUCUUUGAUAGAAAGAAUGUGACUGGUGCUUGAAUGGCACCAAGCAUAUGUCAAGUUGACGUUAAAAAUGUUUGGAAGAAUGUGUGAGUUGUCAGGCGAACACGGUACUUUGAUGAACCAAAAAAGCAUCGUUGGGGGGUGACCGGUGAGAUCUACAGAGACUCCCCAUUUAGUAUUUACUCUCUCCCUCUCUCUCUCUGAUCAGCAGAUUCCAAGUAAAAAGCACGGAAAAGAAAAGAAAUUGGCCGUGCUCUCUCUUUUCCAGCUUUUACUGCGUGUCAGAGAGAAAGUCAACCGGAUAAAGUGGUUUUUGUCUGGAGACAUGUUUGAAAAUUCAAUUCAAACAUGAUGAAUCAUGAUAAGGUGAUAAUGUCAUCUCUGGAACCGUGAGUGAAGGAGUGAGUAUGUAUGCAUCGGAUUCGGUGGUCCAGAGGCUGAUCGAUGAUGGGUCGGGUCAGCUUCCCAGUUCAGUACAGUGAAGGCUUCGCUGGGAAGGUUCGUGGACAGGACUUGGCCCACUUUCUAAGUGUCAACACAUGGGGCAUUUCAUAGGAGCAGUCAAGAGCCACUGUGCAGAAGGAAAAAUCCGUUGCAAAUUCAGCAACAGACAGGCCGAAUUAAUGCGAGGAAGGCGUCAACACUCUUCACGGGACAGCAAGUCUUGCAUAGACAGAGAUGCUGGGAUCUCAUCACGGGGCAUAGAUCAAAAGGCAAAUGGAUUGUGUUUGGCGAGCACCAAGCGUCCUCGCUGCCCCAUUCUCUAGGACAUGAAUCUAUUGUUCGCGAGAGGCGUCGCUCCUGUUUUCCCAGUAAACCGAUGAUGACAUGUGUAUGUAUGUAUGUGACCUUCCACAUCUGUACUGCUGAAAUGAAUUCUGAGACUGUAUAUAAUGGAAGGAGUUUGGACCUGACGUUGUUUUCUUUCCAAGAGAUGUGGCUAAUGCAAGUAGGGACCAGUUCUUCAAGUUAAUCACUUUUAAUCAGUCUCUGUUAGGUUUCCAUUGAUUAGUUUCGUUUUGUAUUUCCACAUAGCUAAAAUUCUUCUUUUGCUA